CAGCCGAGGGGGAUGCCGCCCUCAGAUCUGCAGCCUCGCAGGGGAGGGUCCGGCCCUGAGCUCUGGCGAGGGUCGAGCGGGCGGCCGUCGGCUAGCUGGGCAAUAGGAAACGGUUUAUUAGGAGGGAGUGGUGGAGCCGGGCCAGGCAGGAAGACGCUGGAAUAAGAAACAUUUUUGCUCCGGCCCCUUUCCCAGUCCCGGGAGGCCGCCGCGCCAGCCGCGCCGAGCCAGCCCCUCCCCGGCCCCAGCCCUGCCCGGGGCCGCGCCCGGACCCCAGACCCUGGCCCGCUGUCCAGCGCCCGUCGUGCGACCGCGGCCGCCGCCGGGGAGGGGAGGAGGCCGCCCGCUGCACGCUCGCGUCGCGCUGCCCGCAGGGCAGGCCCAGAGGGACCUACCUAACACCAAACAACUGCAGAAAUAAAAUGACCAAGUGAGGAUUUAUUACCAGCAAUUUAAGUUGAUCAAGACCUGGUGAACCUGGUGAUUCUGGGCAAGAAACCUGACAUCCCCGAGCUUCCGUUUCCCUAUUGGAUUGUCGUGAGGACGGAGAUCAGCCAUCAAGGUUCGGGACCAUGACCUUGGACCCUCCCAGGAGAACCCUUCUGAUGCUACUGACGGCCUUGGGCCUGACCCAGGGCGACCCCGUGAAGCCCUCUCGGGGCCCGCUGGUGACCUGCACGUGUGCGAACCCACACUGCAAGGGGCCUACCUGCCAGGGGGCCUGGUGCACAGUAGUGCUGGUGCGGGAGGAGGGCACACACCCCCAGGAACAUCGGGGCUGCGGGAACCUGAACCAGGAGCUCUGCAAGGGGCGGCCCACCGAGUUCUUCAACCACUACUGCUGCUACAGCCCCUUCUGCAACCACAACGUGUCCCUGGUGCUGGAGGCCACCCAGACUCCGCCAGAGCAGCCGCGAGAAGAUGGCCAGCUGCCUCUGAUCCUGGGCCCCGUGCUGGCCUUGCUGGUCCUCGUGGCUCUGGGUGCCCUGGGCCUGUGGCAUGUCCGGCGGAGGCAGGAGAAGCAGCGGGGCCUGAACAGCGAGCUGGGCGAGUCCAGCCUCAUCCUGAAGGCAUCCGAGCAGGGGGACAGCAUGCUGGGGGACCUCCUGGACAGUGAGUGCACCACCGGCAGUGGCUCAGGGCUCCCCUUCCUGGUGCAGAGGACGGUGGCGCGGCAGGUCGCCCUGGUGGAGUGUGUGGGAAAGGGCCGCUAUGGCGAGGUAUGGCGGGGCCUGUGGCACGGUGAGAGUGUGGCCGUCAAGAUCUUCUCCUCGAGGGAUGAACAAUCCUGGUUCCGGGAGACUGAGAUCUACAACACAGUGCUGCUCAGACACGACAACAUCCUAGGCUUUAUCGCCUCGGACAUGACUUCCCGCAACUCAAGCACGCAGCUGUGGCUUAUCACGCACUACCACGAGCACGGCUCGCUCUACGACUUUCUGCAGAGACAGACGCUGGAGCCCCAGCUGGCCCUGAGGCUAGCCGUGUCCGCGGCCUGCGGCCUGGCGCACCUGCACGUGGAGAUCUUCGGCACACAGGGCAAGCCGGCCAUCGCCCACCGCGACCUCAAGAGCCGCAACGUGCUGGUCAAGAGCAACCUGCAGUGCUGCAUCGCGGACCUGGGCCUGGCUGUAAUGCACUCCCAGGGUAGUGACUACCUGGACAUCGGCAACAACCCGCGAGUGGGCACCAAGCGGUACAUGGCCCCCGAGGUGCUGGAAGAGCAGAUCCGAACCGACUGCUUCGAGUCCUACAAGUGGACGGACAUCUGGGCCUUUGGCCUGGUGCUGUGGGAAAUCGCCCGCCGGACCAUUGUCAAUGGCAUCGUGGAGGACUACAGGCCACCCUUCUAUGAUGUGGUGCCUAAUGAUCCCAGCUUUGAGGACAUGAAGAAGGUGGUGUGUGUUGACCAGCAGACCCCCACUAUCCCCAACCGGCUGGCUGCAGACCCGGUCCUCUCAGGCCUGGCUCAGAUGAUGCGGGAGUGCUGGUACCCAAACCCCUCUGCCCGCCUCACUGCGCUGCGGAUCAAGAAGACACUACAGAAGCUCAGCAACGGUCUCCAGAAGCCCAAAGUGAUUCACUAGCCACAGGCCUGAAGCCUGACUCCCCUCUGCCUGCAGUGUGUGUGUGGUGGGCAGUGGUUGGUGGCCUGUCUGGGUAGAGGUUCUGUGAGUGUGUGUGCUGGGGAGGGGAGUGCCCCUCUGUGGGCAGCUGUGCCUGCCCAACUCGGCCCCCAGCCCAUCCAGCCAAAAAUACAGCUGGGCUGAAACCCAAUCCCCCCACCUCACCCGCCACCGUCUGGCCUGCUCAAGGCAGCAAGCUCCCUGACGCCGGGCUCCCUCCCCACUCCCACGCCCUGGGUGCACCCCCUACCACCCCCAGGACCCGAUGCAAAAGAGGCCUCAGAGCCAGGGUGGCCAAGCCAGGGAAUCCCAGUCCCGGGCCCAGAGUCUGGGCCUGCACUUUACCCCCUGCCGUCAGUUAACCCCACUGCCCCACCAGAGCUGCCAGGGUGGCACAGGGCCCCGUCCAGCCUUCAGUAGACACCCUGCCCUGCCAGGCUUUAGCCUCUGUCCCAAGCCCCAGACACCCAGGCCCAUCGGUUUUUCUCCGUGGGUUUGUAUCUCAGCUCCAGGCCACCUUGGGCCGUUAUCUCCUAGACAAGACCCCCGCUAGCUGAAUGCUAGCUGCCCAGGAGAGCGGGUUGCCUGAUCCUGGGCCCCUCCUCCACUCCCCUCCUAGCUGACUUAUUGUGGCAUUAAACCCAAGGAGUCUUGCUGCGGGUGUGGCAGAGUCAUAGGCCAGUGGAGGUCAGAUGGGCAAGGCCCAGGACUUUCAGAAUAAACUGAGAGGAUGUCGGAGCCAAGCAUGGCCACCAGGGAAGGGCUCAGCUGGGAGUCAGGAGACCCAGGGUCUGGUCCGGGUGCUUGCUCUACAGGACAAGAAGGAGGCCUUCGCUGGCCCAGGACCUUUGUUUCUUUAUCUACAUAUUGAAAGAUUUGUAGAUGAAGAUUUGGUCCCGAUGUCUUUUGAGGUUUUUUUCAGCUCUAAAGUUCUUUGAAAUGUUUAGCCUGUGUCGGAACUCAGUUCAUCAGUCCCUUGUACUCCUUGUGCCCCAGCCCCUGGCAAUUUGCCUCAAGAUGGAGAUUUGAAAAUAACUUUAGCUGAGGCCAAGGGUGUCUGAAACGCCUCCUAGUUUAAUUCUCCAAGCUCCAGUUCCUGCCUUAACCCAUGUCUGUGGCCAUCCUUGGGCUCACACAGCCCUGGGCCUUCUGGAAGGCAAGCCAGCCAGCCACUCACCUGCUCUGUAGCUUUGCCUUAUCUGCCCAGGGCUGAGAGGGGCCAGGGGCCAGCUUCCUGCAGGGCCUCAAAGCUCAGAAGAAAUCUGGCUCCAGCCAGCAAGCCUGCAGCACCCAGGUUCCUGCUCCCCACUGGCCCCUGGCCCGGGCCCACACCCUUGGCCGGGCCCCAGAGAGUGUGUGUCUAGGAAGAACCUGCUGGCUGUAGAGAAACACAUGGAAAGUUCGGCGUUUGGAAAUAUCAAGGGUGUAUGUCCAUGCGCUGAGGAGGUUACCCUGAAUCCUAGAGAGGCACCUUCCCAGGCUGCCUCCCAGCAUUGUGCAAGGCCCGGAGGAGAACCAGGAAGUGAAACUGGGUGAAACAGAAAGCUACAUGGACCUGCCAUGUUCCCACAUCGUCGUGGGGCACUCUGCUUCCCGGUAGUGUCACGUCUUCUGGUCACUGGAACCCACCUAGCCCAGGAAUCAGGACACUCCUCAAGGGUUUUAUCUCCACUGGAUUUGGGGGUUAAAAGUCUCCUGAGACUCUACAGCCAGAAACUGAAGGCAGCAGCUCCCCAAAGGCUGGAAAAUCCCUAAGAGGAGAAGGUCUGAGGAAGAGGCGGAGUGAUGGGGGAGGGUUGAGGGAAGGGGCCAGAGUUGGGAGGACAGCUGUGGCCAGGGAGAGAAGGAGGCAUUGGUGAGAGCGGUCUGCAUAAUGCUUGUGAAUUCAGGACGGUGUUCCAAGGCCGAAAUUACAGUCUCUUAACCUGGAGAUACUGUUCGUGGGAGCAUUUAGCUCGUGCUUAGCACAUAGUAGGUCCUCAAUAAAGCAUGGUUGAAGGUC